AUGUCCGCGUCUGUGCAAGACUUUGAGUACCCCGACAGACCAUGCGCUUGGAACGAGCGAGACCUCAUUCUCUUCGCGGCAAGCAUCGGCUGCAAGGAUGACGAAUUGAGAUACCUCUACGAGAACGACCCUUCCUUUUGCGCAUUUCCCACGUAUCCCGUCAUUCUCCAAUUCAAGGGCGCCGCAGAUUCCGUGACCGACUACUAUUCGAGCGUGAUGAAGCCGCCUCCCAUCCCCGGCAAGGGAGAGCGAGUGAUCGACCCUACGCGCGUGCUCGACGGCGAACGGCACAUCAAGAUCUUCAAGGACCUGCCAACGUCGUCGAAAGGACGGUCUUUCAAGCUGAAGACGAAGGUCUUGGGAAUGUACGACAAGGGCGCGCGUGGAACCGUGGUCGAGACCGAAGCCCUGCUCGUCGAAGGCUCCGAUAUCUACUGCCGUAUCCUGCGCCAGAGCUUCGCCGUCGGCCAAGGUCGAUGGGGAGGGCCACGAGGACCCAGUCGACCGAGCUUUGCGCCCCCGACAGAUCGGCCGGCGGACGAAGUGGUGACCAUCGACACACGGCCCGAAUUGACUCUCCUCUACCGCUUGAACGGAGACUAUAAUCCCCUUCACGCCGACCCAUCGGUCGCCCUCGCGGCAGGUUUCCCCCGGCCGAUUCUCCACGGGCUCUGCACGUGGAACAUGACGGCGCAUGCUGUUCUGCGCGCGUUCGACACCAAAAGAGUGACGACGACCUUGAAAGAAUUCCAGGCAAGGUUCGCCAAUGUCGUGUACCCAGGCGAGACGCUGGUUGUGCAAAUGUGGAAAAUGAACAGUGCCGCCGGAUCGUCGGAAGACGCUAUGGAGAUUCGAUUCUUGACCACGGUCCGAGAGAGCGGGAAGAUAGCCUUGUCCAAUGGCCGGGCCAUCCUUCUUCAUGUCCAGCAAGAUAGGAGUAGAUUGAAGUUGUAGGCGAAUCGAACAAAUGUCA